UCAUAAUGGAUAGUGAAGAGGAUAAUAAUCAUGAAAAAUUAAGGCCGAUUAAAUCAAAUGGCUUCUACUGCCCACUCCACCGCAUGCAAGUUCUCAGCUGGGUGAUCACUCUCCUCGUCAGCGUUACCUUCUACUCCCUCGUCGCCCCAGGAUUUGCAAGUGGCGCCAGGUACACUCUCAACGCAUUGUUUUCUUUAUCACUCGCUGCUAUAUUCAUUGUCAUGAUGAUCGCGACCUGUAUCGACCCCACAGACAGAACUGUGCUGAAGUUCAGACGCUCCAAACGUGAAAAGAUAGCCUUCGUCCUCAACCAGCAGCAGCAAAUGUUCUGUAACUAUUGUGAAGCAUUUUCUAAAUAAAGACAGCAAGCAUUGCGGACAGUGUGACAGAUGCGUUGAAGACUUUGACCACCACUGCAAGUGGCUCAACAAUUGCAUUGGAGGCAAAUAACUACAAGUAUUUUGCUUCGCUGAUUGCAUUGUUUCUGGUCCACAACACAUUCAUCGUUGUUGUGUGAGCAGUCGAGAAUAUCUUGUCGCACACCUCAUCUGACUUUGCUGGGUCGGAGCGCAACUUCGAAGAGUACUACGGGUCUGAGAACGCAAGUCUGGCUGCUUGGCUGUCGUACGGAGCUUGAUAUGGACUGAUAGCGAUCUGUGCUUGUAUCUGAUUCACGACUGGUCACUUGAUUCUGUUCCAUAUUUAUCUGAAAACGAAAGGACUCUCCACUUACAACUACAUUAUUCUACAACGUAAAAGCAAAGAACGCAAAACCAUUCGCAACGGCAUGAACAAGAGCGCUCGUCAAGAAAUUGACAGCAACUGCAGCAAGCUGUUUGGAGGCUCACAAGAGUUCCAUCCUGAGCACCUCGAUAUCAGCAACCACGAUGGUGCAAGCCUCAAACUGAACACCGAGACUUUUGGGAACUGAAAUGCAAUUAUCUCCAAAGACGAGGAGUUCUAUUUGAACAAACAUGAAGCCAGACCACUUAAACUGGCCAACCACAAACACAUGACGACCUCAUUCGGCCACUUGAUGGACAGCGGACAAGACUUCUACAAACUCCGUGACAAGAAGCUCGAGCACAUGAACAAAAUAUUUCGGCCUGGCCACAAGAAGGCGAAUCAAGCCCCUCGUAACAACACUAACUAUACUUCUUUCAACCAAAGCCACAACACGAACUCACGGAGGCACCGGUCCCGGAUGCAAACUCUGAACAAGCCAGGUGCCUUCAGCAAAGACACUCGCGAGAAGCUGCGCUCAGGCAAAGUGCCGGGCUCUUCGGGCUACAACGAGCUCCUGGAGCACGACCUCACAAUGAUCGACACUCCCAAGAAUGUCAUGGGCGGCUCUACAAGCGCUGUGAAUCCUGGUUUCCUUGUGGAAGAGCAAAAGGACGCAAAGCUGGAGCUGCCUGAACUUGAAGGGAAGCCUCCGAUUUUACAGAAGAAGCAGUACGAGAGAGUAAGCCACAGGUCUGUAGGCGGAGACUCGUCUGAUGGAGAUAAGUAGAAGAGACAGAGGAGGGCUUCUAGCCACAAUUUUACUACCAUACAGUAUUCUAAUCAUAAGUUUUAUUUUCA